GUAUUGGUUGCGCCACCCUCCCCCUCUCCCCCCUCCCCCUCCCCCUCCUGCACAGUCACUUCCUCUGAGAUGGAGGGAGGAACGAGAGACGUCGCCUCAGAGAGGAAGAGAGCUGCGGGGAAGAAACGAGGAAGCCAUUUUGGUUCCUGGGCGACAUGUCGGCACUUUGUCUUCUUCUCUCCUGAAACACACAAAGAAGAGUUUGAGAGGAAGUCGGAGCCUGGGAAGACGGGCGGAGGUCAUCCGACACCCGUCAGACAGGAAGUGGAGACUCUCUGGGCAUCGAACGCACGAGACGAGGAGUCAGAGGAGGAACCAGGAUGAGCUCGGACCGAGUGCCGUCCAGGGCCACGGUGACGGAGUGGAGCCCUCAGCAGCUGGCCGACUACCUGCACAGGAUAAAUCUGACCGGGUGUGACAAAGUGGUGAUGAAGAACUCCAUCAGUGGGAGGAGGUUCGUGAACCUGAGUGACAACGACCUUCAGAAGUUCCCCAAACUUCACGCUCCUAUGAUCUCAAAGAUCAGCACUGAAAUCAGCCGGAAGGAGGAGAGAAGAGGACUCUUUGGUAAAAAAUCAACUCCCACAUAUCCUGAGCAAGACGCGGCUCCUGAUAAUCAGGGUUGGGCUGACGACGAGUUUGAUGAAGAAGAGUUUGAAGAUGACUAUGAGAGUCCGUACAGUGGUGAUGAAGAUGGAGGCGACGGCGACUACGAGUCCCCCAACGAAGACCCGGACUACGAGCCCCCCCCCACCGAGCCCCCAGAGGACCUGGUCCACAAGCUGUGCCCCACCCUCCCCAUUGGAGACAGCCAGUACAUAGACCAUGUGACAUCCAGAGCCCCACCCCCUGCCGUUAGUCCCCGCCCCCCAGCCUCCACCCUCUCUGCACCUCCUCACCGCAUGCCCUCAGAGUCGUCCUCCUCCAGAAGAGACGUGUCCCCCAGCUGUCGGGGGGGGAAUCUUGCUGCAGGACCACCGCGGAUCUUCCGUGGCAACAAACCGGGCCGCGAAUCAGGACCCAGCCCGUCGCCCGUCAGAGGUCCUCACAACGCAGCGGACAAGCCCGGCCGAAACUCUCGUAGGCCUCAGCUGGACUCCCCUGAACCUCCCACCUGGUCCAAACCACCAGUCCUCCCUCUCACCUCCGUCAGCAGGAGCAACUCCUCCUCCACCCGCCCUCCGACCAACAGGUUUGAUGUGAGGAGAGAGCAAACCCAAAACGAAGCUCCUAAACACAACACCUUCCCCCUUCAAAGUAAAAGUCUGCCCCCCCGCCCCGGACUACCAGGACUCCCGUCACAUCAAGGAGACAGCAGUUCGCCUCCCAGUGUUCCCACUGCAGGAUCGCUGCCCCACAAGCUGUCGUCCGCCAUGGCCGUACAGAGGAGCAGCUUCGUGGACAAACCGUCAGUUGAACCCACGUCUCACACAGAGCAGCUGGACCCUCGCUGGUACGUCGGCAAAGUGAGCAGAGGUCAGGCAGAGGGCUGCCUCAACCGGGUCGACAAGGACGGGGCCUACCUGGUGAGGGACAGCACCCGGCAGCAGCCCAACCAGCCCUUCACCCUCAUGGUCCUCUACCAGGAGAAGGUCUACAACAUCCAGAUCCGACAGCACCAGCACAACUUCCUGCUGGGGACCGGACUCAAAGUCCAAGAGUUCUUCCCUUCGGUGAGCGCCAUCAUCGGCCAUUACUCCCAGAGUCCUUUGCUCCUCAUCGACGCCAAGAACAGAACCUCCAGCCAGCAGAACCAGUGCCUGUUGGCCGAGCCGGUCGGACACCUCAUGGGCCGGCAGCCGUGGUCCUGACCAGGUCCACCAGGUCCACCAGGUCCACCGGGUCCAGAGUCACAGACCAGAACCAGGGAGAGAACAAUAGAAUUAUUUCUUCAAAUGUUUCUCUGCUGCUGAGUUUUUAUUUUUGAAGUAAGAUUGAGACAAUAGAUUUUAAUGUUUGUACGAGACGUUGUAUUUUUACUACGUCAAUGUAGAGAGCAGAUUCAAACUACGCGAGUCCCUGUAUGACGCUUAGCUGAAUAAAUCCCUUCUUCCAAAUGAGUUGGUUUAAUAAUGUUUUAUAGAUUUUAAUAUCUUGUAUUAAUUUUUUUAAUCACAAUAGUUGCUAAUAUUGUUGGAAAUUUAAUUCAAUUCAAUUCAAUUCAUUUUAUUUUGUAUAGCCCAAAAUCGCAAAUUACAAAUUUGCCUCAGAGGGCUUUACAGUCUGUACACAUGCAACAUCCUCUGUGCCCAAACCCUCACAUCGGCACAGGAAAAACUCCCCAAAAUAUGAAAAAAACCCUUCAAUGGGGAAAAAAGGGAAGAAACCUUAGUGAGAACGUCAGAGGAGGAUCCCUCUCCCGGGAUGGACAGACUGCAAUGGAUGUCAUGUGUACAGAAUCAACAAUGUAAAAGAUGUACAAUACAUUUAAUUUCUCUAACUGAAAUGAUACAAGUAAUUGCAAGUAGCAGAAGAGGUGUACGGCAGGACCACUGCAGGGACAACCUCCAUCAGAUAGAACCACCAUCCACAGAGGCUUCUGUGGGGAGGGAGAGCAGAAAGAUGUUGGUCUAUGAUGACAGUAAUAUGAAUCAUAUUUAAAGUAAUGAUGAUGGCAGCAGCAGAGCCAUGAGCCAGGAGUCAGAACCGGGGUCCGCACGAAACCAUGAUCCACCGAGACUUGCUAGGCGAGAAAGCACAAAAAACUCCCGGAAAGAAGCUUAAUUAGUGAUGUACAUUAAUAAAACAUGGAUGAUUGUGGGAGGAGAGAGUGAGAGAGUGAGAGUGUGAGAGUGAAAGAGGAGCUCGGUGUGUCCUAAGAAGUUCCCCGGCAGUCUAAGCCUAGAGCAGCUUAACUAAGGGCUGGUCCAGGCUAACCUGAGCCAGCCCUAACUAUAAGCAAUAUCAAAGAGGAACGUUUUAAGCUUUAUCUUAAGUGAACUGACCGAGUCUGCCCCCCGGACUGAAAGUGGAAGCUGGUUCCACAAAAAAGGAGCUUGAUAACUGAAGGCUCUGGCCCCCAUCCUACUUUUUAAAACUCUAGGAACCACAAGUAGCCCAGCAUCUAUGGAGCGUAGAUGCCUUGUAGGACAAUACGGUGUAACAAGCUCUUUAAGAUAAGACGGUGCCUCACCAGCAAGUGCCUUGUAGGUGAGGAGAAGUACCUUAAAUUCUAUUCUUGAUUUAACAGGAAGCCAGUGCAGAGAAGUUAAUACAGGAGUUAUAUGAUCCCUUUUCUUACUUCUUGUUAAUACACGUGCUGCAGCAUUCUGAAUCAGCUGGAGAGGUUUAAGCGAUUUACAAGAGCAGCCUGAUCAAAGAAUUACAGUAAUCCAGUCUAGAAGUAACAAAUGCAUGAACUAGUUUUUCUGCAUCACUUUGAGACAGGAAGUUCCUGAUUUUCGAUAUAUUCCGUAGAUGAAAAAAGACAGUCCUUGAAGUCUUCUUUAUAUGAGAGUUGAAGGACAUAUCCUGGUCGAAGAGAACUCCAAGAUUUCUGACGGUGCUGUUGGAUACCAGAGCAAUUCCAUCCAUAGAGACUGUAUCACGUGACAGCUGACUUCGAAGGCGCUCUGGGCCUAUCAUGAUAACUUCCAUUUUUUCCGAGUUUAACAUCAAAAAAAUUUAGAGGCUAACUGUGCUAUCAGAGCUAAAAUGCUGACAGGGCUAACCAAGCUAACGGUGCUAAAUGUGCUAACAGCGCUAACAAUGCUAUCAUGUGGAUGGAGCUGACGUGUUGCAUGCUAAACACGCUAACAAUGCUAAAAGUACUCAUGGUGCUAAAAGAUAUUACAGUGAUAUACAGAUGAUGGUUUUUCAUCAGAUAUUAAUGAGCUUGAUGUAUUAUAGAAACUAUUUUGAUCUUUAGUUUAUGGAACUUUUUCAAAGGCCAAUCAGGACAUUUAUGGCACGUUUCCACCGAGCGGUACUGGUCGGGUCGGGUCUGUUAACCAUGAUUUGGCGAGCGUUUCCACCGCCAACAGUACCCUUACUUGAUAGGCGUGUUAUUGGACGUAAAGUAGAUUGACGUCAUUCGAUUGCGCGAAAACUGAAAGCUAAACGCAAACAACAAUGGAGACAAACAGCCGAUCCUGUUCUUGCUUCUCGAUAUGUGGCUGUUUAAGUAAAUGCUGCGCGGCGACAUUGUUGCGACGGUGUUCCUUCGUGUGUUUCUUUCCCUUUGCGGCACGCGCGAAUGACGACACUCUUUCAACCAAUCAACGUUCUGCAGUGAGUCUAGCUCCACCCUUUAGUACCAAACAACUGUGCCAGGUACCCCAACGGAAGGGUACCCAAAAAGUGGUACGGUACGGUGCGUAUUUUUGGUACUUUUCUCAGUGGAGACACAAAUAAAAGGGUACCGACCCGACCCGUACCGUACUGUACCGCUCGGUGGAAACGCACCAUUAUGCUCCAUUUAUUGAGAUAAUAGUUGUAUUAAAUAUUUGACCUUUUAUUGACAAAAUUGUGAAUUCGCAGUUCAUAACAUUUUGUCCUCAGCGUUUGGUUCAACGUGUUAAACUCCCAUUUGAUGCUGCCUCCCCUCUCACAUGCACACGCAGACACACACAGACACACGCAGACACACACAAGCACACACACAUAU